AUGGGCCGCAACACGCAGGCCGCCGACCCAUGGGAGGUCGUCGAGAAGUGCGUGCGAUACCUCGAGGCGUGCGUAGGGCUCCACCUCCCGGACGUGCUCUACCAGCGCUGGGACAGCAUGGGUGAUGUCCGCCACGUCCAACGUGGCCUCGCCACCCGGCGCCAUGGUGUCCUUGACAGCGUCAUGGACCCGUCCGUGAUCGUGAGCGUGCUUGAGACGCAGCUCCGCGAUCUCCACUCGCGCGAGUACUUGGUGUUCUCGCCCUUUCUCUACAGCGAGCUCCUCGACCUCGGCCGUGCUGUCGGGCGCAGCGACCACGAGACCUUGGUGUGGGUGCGAGCAUUGUAUGCGCGAACGACCGAGCCGUACCGGAGCCGUAUGCACACGAUGCUCGGCUUUCUCGCGACGCAGUGUGACGUGGCCGAUAUGGACAAGACACUGUACAUCGUCGAGCGCUAUGCGCCCAUGCUCCUGCGCGACGGCAGCAGCGCGUACAUGUCGCUCCACCACAUGGAGGGCUUUCCCGCCGCCACCGAAUGCCUCCUGCUCUUCUUGACGCAUCUGGAGCCACAUGGAUGA